CUUGGACGUGAGUGGUUCUGCUGAAUGGAUUUUUUUUUUUUGAUUUUUUUUUAACUUGCAGACAUGAUUCUCUGAAUAUUUGAGAAAUCGAACAGCUUUGCCGCACUAUUAUCUGCUCUGCAAAGGAGGGCUGCCCGAAUUGGAGACCACAAUGACACUUUGGUCAUUUUGGAGUUGCUUUCUUUUGGCUUUCAUUCAGCUAUUCCCCAUUCACAUCAAGUUGGCGGCUCGGGCGGAGAUAAGUUUCCCGAGACUGGAAAAAAGAUUUCAUCCCAUGGAGGUAACGUCGCCGACGGGACAUACGAUAAGAAAAUCAGCGGGAAUCAAAGUCUCGCUGAAAGUCAAUGACCGCAACGAAGUUUUGCACAGGUCUGAAACUGACGGACCCGCGAGACCAAAAUAUAAACAGGAGGUGAAAAAUGAAACCCUGCUUACGAAUGGCUCAACGGGAAACAAUUCCAAAAAUCUCAAAAUACCCGACAAAAAGUGUGACAACAUUUCGACGGCAGAGAUUGAAACGCCCGAAGCCACAUUUUCAGUCGGGGAGAGGAAGAAAAGAAGUGUCGGCGUGUCCUACAGCGGAAAUGUGGACAGGAGUAUCACUGGGGAGGCGCGGAGGUCCGUGAGAACUGUCCAUGGUGCUUCCAACUUCAGAAGCGAGUCCCGGCGCACAGGGGAGGAAAGCAGGGGCUCAAACCCGAAGCAGAGCGAGCCUCACCUGGACACCUCCACUUUUGCUCUGUCGGGGGACUCGACGCACAACCAGGCGAUGGUGCACUGGUCCGGGCAGAACAGCAGCGUGAUCCUGAUUUUGACUAAGCUGUAUGACUUAACCAUGGGGACCGUAACCGAGAGCUCGCUCUGGAGAUCCGCUGAUUAUGGCAGCACCUACACCAAACUCAAUGAUAAAGUGACCUCAAGGACCGUUUUAAGCUACCUGUAUGUCUGUCCUACCAACAAGCAAAAGAUAUUGAUGCUUAGUGACCCAGAAGUAGAGAGCGCUGUACUCAUCAGCUCAGAUGAAGGGGCAAGCUUCGAGAAGUUUCCCAUUAACUUCAACGUCCUCAGCCUCCUCUUCCACCCUGCACAGGAGAACUGGAUUCUGGCUUACAGUCAUGACUACAAGCUCUACAGCUCAAUGGACUUUGGGAAGAAAUGGCAGCUUGUCCAUGAAAACGUGAUGCCAGGCAGAUUCUACUGGGCGGUAAUGGGGCUGGACAGAGAAUCAGAUGUGGUCCACAUCGAGACGCGCAUCGCAAAAGGCCGAGCUCAGUAUGUGAAGUGCAGAGCCCAGAGAUGCACAGAGGGCGACAGACAGUACCUCUUUCCUGGACACGUAGACACCAACUCCCUCGUUGUGCAGGACGAAUAUGUUUUCACCCAGGUAACCAAGUCAGGACGAGCCAGUUACUUUGUCUCCUACAUGAGAGAAUCCUUCAGGCAGAUGAAAUUACCAAAGUACUGUUUGCCGAAGGACAUGCAUAUUAUCAGCACAGAUGAGAAGCAGGUAUUUGCUGCUGUCCAGGAGUGGAACCAGAACAACACUUACAGCCUGUAUAUCUCAGACUCCCCCGGGGUCUACUUUAUCCUUUCAUUAGAGAAUCUGAGGACCAGCAGAGGGCCUGCUGGUAACCUACUGGUUGACUUUUACAAGGUUGAGGGCAUAAACGGAAUGUAUCUUGCCAACAAAAUAGUGGACAAUCAUAUUAAGACUUUCAUCACAUACAACAAGGGACAGACAUGGGCUCUGCUGCCAGCGCCAACAACAGAUGUGUCAGGAAAAAACCUUCACUGCAUUUUGCCAUUUUGCUCGUUGCAUCUCCAUCUGGAGAUGUCAGAGAAUCCCUACACAUCUGGGCCCAUCACCAGCAAAAAGUCUGUCCCAGGAAUUAUUGUGGCCACAGGAAACAUUGGAAAUGAGCUGUCCUCUACCAACCUUGGGAUGUUUAUAACAUCAGACGCAGGGAACAGCUGGAGACAGAUUUUUGACGAAGAGUACAACAUUUGGUUUCUUGACAAUGGAGGAGCUUUGCUAGCAGUUCUUCAUGCGGCAAUGCCUAUUAGACAACUAUGGAUCAGUCUUGAUGAAGGGAAGAAAUGGGAUCGCCACAGUUUCUCCUUGGUGCCGCUGUAUGUGGAUGGAGUUUUAAUGGAGCCUGAGUCUGACAAUCACAUUAUCACCUUUUUUGGACACUUCAGCCACCGUUCAGAGUGGCAACUGAUCAAGAUUGACUACAAGGGUCUUUUUAGCAGGAGAUGCAUGGAUGGUGACUAUCAGACAUGGUCCCUGCACAACAAGGAACAGCAGUGUGUGAUGGGUGAGAAGCAGAAGUAUAUGAAGCGGCGGCCCGGCAACCGUUGCAUGUUGGCUCAAGAUUAUUCCAGAAUCUACUCUUCAGAGCCGUGUACCUGCAACGCCUAUGAUUUCGAAUGUGACUAUGGGUGGGAGCGCCAGGCAGAUGGGAAGUGCUCUCCUGCUUUUUGGUUUAAUCCAAAUGGUGUGGCUAAAAGCUGCAGCUCCAGCCAAAGCUUCCUUAACAGCACAGGGUAUCGUAAGGUCUUGUCCAAUAACUGUAAGGAGGAAGGAAGAAAUGUGUACUCACCAAAGAGGGUGGCAUGCCAACCCAAACCACCCCAGGGUCUGCAUCUGUCCACCAGCCACGGAGAGCUCAGUGCUGCCAUUGGAAGCAAUGUUACUUUCAUGAUCCACCUUGAUAAUGGAGAGUCUCCGAGCACCAGCAUCCAGCUAGACUUCGGGGACGGAAUCAAGAUCACAUACUCUAACCUGAGCCGGACUGACGACGGCAUCAAGCACAUCUACAGAAAGACUGGGAUUUAUCGCGUGAUAGCUACUGCAGAAAACAACCUGGGAUCUGACAGCAGCGCACUUUUUUUGCACAUUACCAGUCCAGUGGAUCGUGUUUAUCUCUCCGCUCCUAUUGUGGCCAUCAGGGAGAAAGCAGCUAAUCUCACAGCAGUAGUUUGGCCAAGCCACACAAGAACUCUGACCUUCUUUUGGUGGUUUGAAAACAGCUCCGAGCCCAUUAUAACUCUGGAAGGAAGCAUCUCGCACAUGUUUCUCAGAGAGGGAGAAAACAAGGUCACGGUCCAGGUUGCUUGUGGAAGCAGUGUAUUGGAAGACUCAAAAGUUAUAACUGUUAAAGAGUACUUCAGGUCACUGCUGUUGUCGUUUUCACCAGCUCUUGACGAACACAAUCCUGACAUCCCCGAGUGGAGGGAGGACAUAGGCCGUGUGGUGCGGACAGCUCUGUCACAGCAGGUGUCCGGGGUUUCUGAGAGUCAGCUGAUGGUGUCUCUGUACCCUGGACUUCCGACCACAGCUGAGCUCUUCAUGCUGUCUGAUGAGCAAAUGUCAAGUGAGCACAAGAAAAGAAGCGAGGAGGCUUUGGAUACAAUAUCAGAUAUCUUUGUCACUGCCCUGAACCAAGGCCUGGUCCAUUUUGAGCUAAAAGCAAAUAUUCAUAUUGUCGUGUCCAUGACUCAGCAAACCUUGGCACCACUGGUGGAUUCAAAUUCAAUUCACAGUGGGCCCGCAAUGCUAAUGCUGAUCAGCGUGGUCUUUGUUGGUAUAGCUGCAUUUUUUAUCUACAAAUUCAAAAGAAAAAUCCCUUGGAUCCAUGUGGAGACUGAAGAUCGCCAUGAGAAAGAUCCAGAGGUGAUAAGCACAGUAGGUCAAAACGAUGCCAUGUGCAAGGUCAAGCUAAGCGAGUUUCCGUCUCAGAAAGAACUCAUGGAGAAAGAGCUGGAAGGCAGAAGCAGAGGAGGAUUUGGGAGAAAUAUGGAGAGAAUUGUGACAAGGGAAUUUCCUAAUUGUACUAAUGUCUAAUACAUAAGUAAGUACUGUGUGUGGUGUACUUUGUGCUUAGUUUGCUUUGUUAGAAUAUACAUAUAUAUAUUUUUUUCAUUCAUGUCAUGCUGAAAGCUGCAAUUGUUCAAAGUCAUUUUUUAUUUCUGUGGAUAGGAUGCGUAGUUUGCUGUAUCUCAAUUGUAACAUUUAUUUGCUUUGAAGGUGUCCAUCUACUGAAAUCAGUCCAGAUGGUCCUAAAACUGCCAUAGUGGUUGCUAUAAACGUUUUAUAAAUGGCUUGAAAAUAUUGUCCAGAUUUUACAAUAUUGGUCUGAGUUUAUUAUAUGUAAAGGAUUCUUCUUUAAAGUUAUCGACAGUUGCUACAUGUGAAAAUAUUAAAAAUAUGUUUUAGAAAACAUUAGGAUCCAUUCACUGGCCACUUUAUUAAGUCGCAAAUUGUCUCUACCACAUCGAGAUGUAAUUGGCUGAGCCACUGUUUCCGCUAACAACCCGUCAAACUGAUCCACCUAAUAAAGUGGUCAGAGAAUGUUAUGUGGAUUUCUACAUGAAAAAAAAAAAUGUCUAUAAUGUUCUGGAAGGACCAAUUGGACCUACGUAGAGGAGUAUUAAGACAUUUGACUCAAAAUGAAAGAACCUUUCUUUUUAUACAUAUAACUUACAAGAGUUGGUAAAACCAUUUCCUAUUUUGGUUAGUGUGUUCCCCUACUGCACACAACUUAACCAGGAUGUAAAGUGUUAACUGUAUCUUGCCUCAAAUCUACAAUUACUACACCAGGUGAAAUUUUGGAGCAUAAAUGUGUUUCUACCUUUCUAGUAACAGAAGUUUUUCUGUUGUAAAUAUCAUGAAGAUGUGUACAAAUGUCCAAAUCUGAUUAUUGUGAAUGCUCAAAGGACAGAAACAAGUUGUGGUUUUGCUUUGUGAGAUAAUAAUGGUGCUUUGAAAGACUGCUUCUCAGAUUUUGGAAGUCUGUCCUUAUUAAAUUUGGGAUUAUUGAUGCCUUGUACAUAGAGAGGGGGGAAAGAAAGUGAUACAGUAGCGUAAAGUCACUAAACAGUCUUGUGUUUCCAUCUGCUUCAGCUCUACAAGCUCUAUGAUCACUUUGUUUACUUUAUUAUCGACAACAGCAUGCCCCAAUUAGCUGUGAACAAAGACUAUGUUGGGGUGUGUUUGUGUGUACUGUAUAUAUGUUUAUGGUGAUUUUAAAACUUUCUUGACACAUUAAACAAAUUAUUAAACAUGUUGUCUAAAGGUCCAGUUGUGCAGUUGCUCAAAAGUUAUGCAUGACAUAUCUAGUAUUGUAUCUUUUUAAGGACAUUGCCAUGUUUUAAGUCACAUUUCUUACUGUGAACAUAUUAACAUUACAAUACUGUUGAAAAUAAAUGUAUUUUUAUAUGUU